AUGGACAAAGGUGACAAUGUGCAACUCAGACAAUGGGAAAACUUCUACGAUUUUCAAAGUCCCAACUUUGUCGUGCCAAUUAACAGCACAAUUGGUCCUGCCCUUGCUUCGUAUAAUCCUUGGGAUUUCGACGUGUCUGAGUUUUACAUGUCGGAAGAUGUCCUCUUUCAACUGAUACUCAAAUGCACGGAUUGCGCCAAAUUGCCCCCUAAAAUGGUAGAAACCUACGAAAAGGGAAUGUCAAACUACAUGACAAAGUUGAUCGUCGACUAUUUGUGCAAAUCACUAAAGCUCAAUUUGAGCCCAUUAAGACUUCAGGAGCCCACUGUGUCCGUCAGCGGUGACGAGAUCUCUGUCGGGCUCAGGCUAAUGGAACGAGAUAUUGAACUAUUUGGUGAGAAAAUAAUUCCUAAAUUGCCUCAAACUUAUAACACAAAUGGCCAGUUUGGUUAG